UUUGUGUUCUGAAGUUAACGAGCGUAGCUCUCUUUUGAUAACUCGCUUGAGAUUCGAUUGUAGUUGACCGAGAACCGCGUUCAAGUCAACACGAUAUGAUAUUGACUUUCGAAGGCAUCCUUAUUCUUGCUCUGUGGCAUUCCUUUGAUAAUGUGCAAGGAAUUGUGGUCGGAGCACCUGCACCAUGCGAUGCCUACUGCUUCAACGAGUUGAAACCCCUGCACAACAACAUUGCCACACUUAAUCAUCGUUUGAGCGAAUGCCAGACAAUGCAAUCUGUCAAUGCGAGUGCCAGACUGGAUAAAAUUGAUAAAGAGUUAAAGAAAUUAAGGGUGUCGGCUAAUAUGCAACGCAUUUCGAGAAAUAUAAAGAAUUUGAGCGAUCAAGUGAAAUCAUUUGAAAAGCGUAAGAGGGAAUUGCGAAAACCCUUUGUUCAGAUCGGAUCUGGAUAUUAUUACAUUGAAAGUGCGUUGCAACUCACUUGGUUUUCAGCCGUCCAUGCAUGCUUUCGACACGGUGGCCAUUUGAUCACGCUAAAUAAUCAAGAGGAACUGGAUGCAAUCAUUCCGAAACUGUAUGCAAAGGGCAAAUACUGGAUUGACGUCAAUGAUCUGACAGUUGAUGAAUUCGUAUCGAUCACCACUGGAUCGAGAGCUGAAUUUCUUAAGUGGGCAAAAGGAGAACCAAACGGAGGAUCAAAGGAGGAAUGCGCAGACAUCGAAGGACCAACGUUUGCAAUGAAUGAUCUCAAUUGCGACGCGAAGAACUAUUUCAUAUGUGAGGCAUAUGAGGAAUAAAUAUGUUGAAAAUUGUUUCAAUUUAGAAAUGUA